GGGUACUGAACUCUGUACUACCGUCGAAAAAAAGAAAUCUUUUUUUUGGAAAUAGCACGUCUCCGGUCUCCGUCCCCGAUGCUGCCGGGCAGCCAGGGGAAGGAGGGAGGAUCUGAUCUGUCCAUGGGCAUGGCCGUCCCACCUUCCGCCCAUUACCUCUUCCUAUGCUUCUGCGCCCCGACCCCAGACGCGUUCGUCGCCAGCCCGGGUCCCCGCCUCCCGAGAACCUUGAUGCAGAUUUGUCCUUGAUAAGGAAAAAGAAGAGGUUUUAUCAUAAAAUACAAUAAUGGGGAUAUCCAAGGUGACUGGCAUUGCUGCGACAGCUCUUCUUAUCACUUCUAUUAGUUUGUGGGAGAUGGGCAUGAGAAUUGCUACAUUUCCUAUUCUGGCCACCAGUUUUAUUGCCUACGUUGUCACAUUUGCAUCUCAUAAUGCCAUCAACUUACCUCGUAUCCUGGGGAAGAACUCAGUAGGGAGAUUUCCUCUUUGGUCAAUGAUACUAUUUGGUCCUUUCUUAAUGCUUGCUCGGGCAUACGCAAUGGUGAAGAGAUUCUUGAGGAAGGAGUCUGUGUAUGACAAGAUCGCAGAAGGCCUGUAUCUGGGAGGAUGGCCGUUUCUCUUGAAGCAUUUACCUCCUGGAGGCCCAUCAGUCAUUGACUGCACUUGUGAGCUGCCAAGAAGUUCCUUUGUUCCAACGGAUGAGUAUCUUUGCCUUGCUACUUGGGAUACAAGAGCUCCGGCGCCACAUCAAAUUGAACUUGCAGCACGAUGGGCAUGCGAAAAGAGAUCUGAGGGGAAACCAGUUUAUGUCCAUUGUGCAUUUGGUCACGGAAGAAGUGCUUGUGUCAUGUGUGCAAUUCUAGUAGCGCUGGGCAUUGCUGAAAACUGGAAAGCUGCCGAGAAUAUCAUCCUCAAAAGAAGAAAGAUAAAAAUGAAUGCUCUUCACCGGAAAAACUUGGAGGAUUGGUCAAAACAUCGAGGUUCGCAGAAAAAGGAAAAUUAGAUAGUUGUUGAUGGCAUGAUGUAUUAGAUGAGUGAAUUGCAAACUCUGGAGUAAUUAAAUUUGACAUUGUCUAAAAAUGACAGUUGCUUAUUUUUGGCACAAUUAGUGAUAGAACUGAUGAGGUUUAAUAUGAUACAGAUCUGACCACACAAAUAAAGUUGCCCUGAAUGCAGUAUCGCUGCUACAUUAUUUUAUCAAUUGGUUUAUCGCUCAUCUACAAAGUUGAGUGAAAUGAGGAGUAUUAUAUCUGCUCUUGUGUGGUAUCUAUCUAAAAUAGCAUCUAUAACACUGGCAUCAUGGUAAAGAUUCAAGAUUUGAUGAGAAACCUUUACCUGUAUGACAAAACCUUCAAGGUUGGACAGCUUGCCAAGGGCAAGGGCCAUUUGACCCAUGAAGCUCAUGCUGGCGUCAGCAAUCAAAGGUGCACCGGCCAUGGUGUCAGCUAGUGACCGAUGCAGCUGCUCCAGGCCCUGGGUGAGAGCUUCCUCUGCCUGCUGCGAUGACCGUUGAAGGUUGCAGAGGCCAAGCACUUGCUGUUCAGUCAGGGGAUCUAGUUGGGGUAGAAGUGUCUGCAGCAACACGAAAAACAAAAAUGUUAUGGAAUUAAGAAAACCAUACAUAUAUUUAGAGGGUGAGCUCAGAUUUAGCUCGAGUUCAUUUUCCUCUAACUGAAUUGAUUUUCUUGUCAUAUCUAACUAUCAAAUGAGCUUUAUGU